AUGGAUCAAAUUGAGAAGGAUGAGAAAGCUCAAGAAGACUUUUCAACCCCGAAAGAAGAGGCGGCAAUGCAAUCAAAACAUGCUACCACUGCCAGAAGACAGGCCACAUCCAAUUCUAAAUGUUGGUUCAAAAUCUGUGUAAAAUGUCCUGCCUUGAAGGGCGAUGAUAAAUAUAAGGACAAGGAGGAGACCGGCUCAGCCCCUGGUCCAUAG